AUGUCGGAGGGGGCAGCUCAUAGAAAUCUUGCUGACUCUACUGUGGAGACGCCUGCGAAGCAACUCAAAGGCUGCGCCAACUGUGAGCGUCGUCGAAUCCGGUGCGAUCGCCGACGUCCCCAAUGCGUCAAGUGUGACAAGAAGGGGCUGGCAUGUCCUGGCUACGACCGCAGGCUUCGAUGGGUGGAAGGGGUUGCCGCAAGGGGGCAUCUGCGGGGCCAGACGAUCCCCACGAGGCCAUCUUCUGAAGAUAAGACCGCAUCCCGAGAAGAUCACUCGAGAGCCGUCAUCCCUGGAAGAUUCGAGCUAGAUGAAAGGAAAAACUCCGCCCUAACCGUUGCCAUUCUGAAUCCGUUGAUCGUCCAAGCAGGUCGAGCUUGCGACCACCCCGACUCGAUAAGGGUGUUCAUGGACUAUUAUAGACGGAACUUAGCCGGUCUGAUGGUAUGGAUGGACUCGGAUGAGAACCAUUACCGAACGCAAGUCGUUCCUCUCGCAGUAAAUCAACCGGCAAUCGGCUUCGCCAUCAUGGCCUUCGCGGUUCAACAUGGCGCCAUGGCAUUUCCCGACGAGUCUAUCGCGGAGGACGCUCGCGAUAGGUGUUUGCAUCUGAUACAGACCCGUGCCCAGAACAUGACGGCACGACUUAUCGAGGGCGGUGAUUUGGACAACCAUGCCGACUUGGCCGAUGCGGAAUGGAUGCUGGCCUCGAUUCUCAUUAUGUGCAACUACGAGAAUGCCCGCCGCCGCCUCCAAAUCGCUGAUGAUCACAGACGCGCGGCUCGGACGAUUGUCAACCUGUUCAAAAGUCAGAACUCUGUCCACAAUCGAAAUUUGUUUGCUUUCUUGCGAAAUCAACUGGCUAUCGACGAUGUGCUGGCAGCUACAACUUCGUUCGACAUACCCCUCAUUCGAAAUGCCGUCACACCGGCACCUGGUUCAGACAAUCUCCUUUUUUCGAGGUACCUGACUUUCUUGCAUCAUGUCACUCUCGUAUCGGCAGAUGCCAUAGAGUCUCAUUCUUCAAUUUCACGCCUACGCAGCGGCCUCACGAUGCCUCUCAUUCGGUCCGGGUUUGAGCAGGCCAGAGGCGCUACGUUGAUGGCGGCCGGACGACUCGGAUUGGCAGGCUCCAAUAUGUCUCGUGAUUUCAUCCGCUUAGUCGAGGUGUAUCAUAGUGCAGGACUGUUGUACUCACUGAGAUGUCUUGACUAUGCUGUCGAGCACGCCUCGGAGCGUGUCGUAGUCGUUGCCAGUCUGUUCGAUCAACUUACCGGGUUCGAAGACCAAGCCGCCUUCAUUCAGAAUCUAGCCUGGCCGACCUUCAUUGCCGGUACCGAAUGUCAUGGAAAUCAGCAUCGCCAAGAAAUCACCGCAGGCUUACUGACGGCGAUUCAUGAGGGCACACGUUUCAGCUAUUACUUGGACGCAGUGAACUUUCUCAAGGAGUUUUGGGCAGGAGACAAUGACGACUGGCGUCCCCUCGCUCGCAUGAGAGAAGCGAUAGGGCAACGAGUCCUUGUAGUGUGA